GCAGCAUCGGGAUACCGGGGAUGGAGAGUGGGGCCCAGAGACAAUGUGAUUGGAUAUGCAGCCACCCAUCACGUGCGGAAUGUAGAGGCGAAUAGUCAAAAUUGGGAACAACGUGGGAACUAUGAAGCCGCGAAGCACCCCGCCUUCACUUCAUCCUCGCCGCCGCGCUGCUGCUGCAACACAAACAGCCAUCUCAUCUUCUAUUCAAUUAAUCGCCGUAACUGAGUGUAGCUCAGCUGAGUGCAAAAAAGGGGAAGCCAUGGGAUCUGAGGUGUGUGCAGAUGAAGUAAUAAUGAAUGGAGAAGUUAUUUGCGGAAGUUGGAGUUUCAUCAGUAAAGUAAGUGAUGAGGAAGCAAAGAAUGUGGCAGGGCCAGCAACUCCUGAGGAAAAUGGAGAGCAUAACCACCCAUCAUCAUCCUCAUCUUCAUCCCCACCUCCUUCUCCAACCACCUGCUUAGAAACCCCCAAAGAGACCUUAUUCGACUCGUUUGCUCCGGGCUCCGACAAGCUGUUGCUUGCUCCGCGCCACCGGAAAUACAGGGAAGAGUCACGCAACCAUGUCGUCCGAUGCCUCAACUUCAAAGAUUUUGAUAAUGAUGAAGAGCGUUUGUUUGAGAUUGUGUAUGGCGCCAUCAUGGAUUCUAUUUCUGCAGAGCUGGAGCUGGCCAAAGCUGCUGCAGGUGAAGAAGCUUCGCCGCCUAGAUCUACACUUCUCACCGGGGUUGCCGAGACGUGCCCAGCACCGCCUACCAAGUCCGCCACAACUAGGAAGCGAUGCAUCAUCGACAACGCAAUAUGCAGAAAGCUUGACUUCUCACUCUAAAAGUUGAUCUUGGAAAAGUAGUUUUUACCGUUAUCAUAUUGUGUAAUAUUAUCACUUGUAGGAUUGUUCAAAUACCAUAUUCCUUCAAGGCACUAAUUUAGUUUUCUCCUCGAAA